AAUAGUGCACAUAUUCAAAUUCAAUGAAGAAAUAAAAACACAUAUUUGCAGCAUCACAUCCCAAUAAUAGAUAGCUAUUCUCGUCGAAGGUUCAAGAAUAGAAAGAAUUGACUUUAUUUACACCAAACUUCUUUCCCAUUUUCUACUUUAUUAAUCAAUAAAAACUCAUAUAGUCUAUAAGAAAAGUACCAAACGACGUAGCAUUGAAAUUCAAACAAAUAAAAAUACAUAAAAUAUGGUAAAAACAACUUGUUAUCCUUGUCAAAAAAAUCCUUAUCACAUUACCUUAAAAAAAAUGAAAAACAUGUAAAAAAAACAGCUAAUAUUAUCUACGUUAAUAGAAUACCAUUUUUAAUCCGAAAAACUAAAAUAAGCAAAUAAAAAUCCAUUCAAACAUAUAUAUAAAAUGCAGUAUAUUUUUUCCAGUAUUUGAAACAUGCAUAACGUUUUCCAGUUAUAACUUUUUCCACAAACUGAAUCAAUAACCAACCACAUUUUAUUAUUAUUCUUGUUUCCCCUUAUUGAUUCAUACGUGGAAAUUGAUUCUGGUAUUCAUUAAGGUAUCUGUGGUUAAGAAUCCGAUUCUUAAUCGCAGAUUCUUAAGGUUUGUUGUUUGAUAACAAGAUGAAUUGCUUUUCAUGCUGCAAUUCAGGUGCUGAAACAUCAUCUUAUAAAAAAGAACGUUCCAAAUAUGUUUCCAAAGGACGGAGAACAUUCAAAUCAUUAGCAGCUGCUAUGUCACUCAAAUCAGGUAGUAGCAGACAGAGACAAAUUACAGCGGAGAUAUUAAAAUAUGGAACCGCGCAAAAUGAUGUUAAAGUACUAACGUAUGAAGAAGUCGCUGAUGCGACAAACAACUUCAGUUCGGAUUCUCUUAUCGGAGAAGGUGGAUUUGGGAAUGUUUAUAAAGGAUACUUAAAGAGCAUUGAACAGACGGUAGCUGUGAAGAAAUUGAAUAGGGAUGGGGAUCAAGGAACAAGAGAAUUUUUCGCCGAAGUUUUGAUGUUGAGUAUGGUGAAACAUCCAAACCUUGUGAGGCUGGUUGGUUAUUGCGUAGAAGAUGAUCAAAGGAUUUUGGUUUAUGAGCAUAUGGCUAAUGGAAGCUUGGAAAAUCACCUUCUAGAUAUAGGCGAUAAGGAACCGUUGGAUUGGCAAACAAGGAUGAAAAUUGCUGAUGGAGCCGCGAGAGGACUUGAGUACCUGCAUAAUUCUGCAGAUCCGCCGAUUAUUUUCCGCGAUUUUAAGUCGUCUAAUAUACUAUUAGAUGAAAAUUUCAAUCCAAAGCUUUCUGAUUUCGGUCUUGCUAAGAUUGCUCCAAUAGAGGGUGAGGGCUUGGUCUCGACUCGGGUUAUGGGGACUUAUGGUUAUUGUGCACCAGAGUAUGCUGCUACCGGUAAAUUAUCCUCAAAAUCAGACAUCUAUAGUUUUGGUGUUGUGUUUUUGGAAAUUAUCUCGGGUAGACGAGUUAUUGACACUGCAAGAUCUGCAGAAGAACAAAACUUAAUUGAUUGGGCACAACCUUUGUUUAAGGACCGAACAAAGUUCACACUAAUGGCCGAUCCUUUGCUUAAAGGCCAGUUUCCGGUGAAGGGACUAUUUCAAGCUCUAGCAGUGGCAGCAAUGUGUCUACAAGAAGAAGCCGAUACGCGGCCUUAUAUGGACGAUGUCAUAACGGCUCUUACGCAUCUAGCAGUACACAAGACUGAUGAAAAAGACAUAGCUGGUGAAUCUCUAAAAAGUGCUGGUCAUGUUGAAUCUUUUAGAGCUGCAAACUCACUUGGAUCUGAAAGGGCAUAACAAUAUUAGCUAUAAUUUGGCCAUAACACAGACUAUAGGAUUCACUUAAAAAAUGACAGAAAAAUAAAAGUGCUUAUAAAGUGCUUAUAGGAUUCACUAAAACUAUAGUUUGUGUUAAAUGUUUAGGCUUUUUAGUCAUUUCCGUUUGGGAUUGGAAUCAGGAUCCCUUUGAUUCAUCUUCCUUUCUUUUCUUUUUUUCUCAAAGAAAGUUUCACCUGAGAUUCGGUUUCAAUUUCAUUUCAUCAUUGGACAUUUGUUGCAAAUGUUCAAAAGUAUAAAUGUAUGUUUCCAAAUUC